AACAGAAAAGUUGGGAAGAGUACGAAACGAAACCCCACCGAAGCAAAAAAAAAAAAAAAAAAAAAAAAAAAAAAAAGCCCGGCGGCAAUAGUUAAUGAUGCUUUUGAUCUCUGUCUCCUUAGUCCUUUGGAUCAUUCUUACGGAAUAUACCCUUCUUCUCUCCUUAACAAUUUUCUCACUUUCGGUUCUGUGGUUUUCAAGAUAUGAUUUAUCUUUUCCUUUCUUCUUCUUCAACAUGAUUGAUCGAUCUGAAUGAUCCAAUCAAGUCCGGUGAACUGGGGUUUUCACGAUCAUUCGCGAUCUUCUAAAAAUCGAUUUGACUUUUCUCCAUAAAAAAAAAAAAAAAAAAAAUGAACGCAGUGGGUAGGAUCGGGAGCUACAUCUACCGAGGCGUAGGCACGGUGUCUGGUCCGUUUCACCCAUUCGGUGGCGCCAUCGACAUUAUCGUGGUGGAGCAACCGGACGGCACAUUCAAAUCGUCACCUUGGUACGUCAGAUUCGGCAAGUUUCAAGGGGUUUUGAAGAACAGGCGGAACCUGAUCAAGAUCGAGGUCAAUGGUGUUGAUUCAGGGUUCACUAUGUAUCUGGCUCACACAGGGCAAGCUUACUUCCUGAGAGAAAUUGAAGAUGUGAUCGGAGAAGCCGAGAGUGGCGAAGUGUACACUUUGUCUUCCGGCGAUGAAGCCGAGACUAGUAGGAGAAAGAGUAGUAGUGAUGGUGUUGAUAAGAAGAUUAAGAUACCGUUGAAGUCUAAGAGCUGUAACUAUGAUUCCGCUAGUCCUCGUGUUGUUGGUGGUAAUGGGAAGAUUGUUGGGAAGCCUGGGAUUCUAGGGUUUGUGUUUGGUGGUAGAUCGGUUAAGGUAGAUGAUGAUGAUGGUGUCACCUCCAUGGAGCGAGCUGAGAUUGCUGCUGAUCUGUUGGAUGUUAAGUGGUCCACAAAUAUCGAUACGCGCAAGUGCGUUAAAGGCAAAGCUUCCAAGUCUAGCUUAGUAGAUAGCGAUUCGAUAUUGGAAACUCCGCUUGUUGCCUCUCCUACAUUGCAGUAUCUCGAUGAGAAAGAGCAGGAUUUUCGUGAAAGCAACAAUGCGGAAGAAGAUUAUUCACUUCUUCUUGUUGAUAAUGGUUCGUGUUCGUGUUCGACUACUGUGUUCUCUGUUACUAGUCAAGGGAGUGGGAAAGUAGAUAUCUGUGUCGAACCAACCGGGCCGCCACUUGCGCAGGAUUCUGUUACAGGGUGCGAUUUGAAUUCGAAGCAAGAAAUGUUAGGUGUUCCUGAAUCUGUGGAGGGUUUAGCAUACCAAGCGCAUACACGCACUUCUCAAGAAGGGAGCAGCGCUGGCUCUCUAGUUCAAGAUGAAAACAAAAUGUCCUUGGACGAUGAUUUUGAAAUGACGACUCAGUCAACAAAUGGAGCAAGAGUUCAGCAGCCGGAGGUUGAAGAGGAACAGUUUUCCUUCAGCGAUCUUGGCCAUUGCAAAUCUGCUGAGACUAGUUCUGAAGAGUCAAGUUUUCUUCAUACAGUAAAAGUUGAGGGGAAAGAGAUUUGUGAUGAUAAUGAAAUUAUUCCUGAAAACGGCGUGGAGGACGCAAAGGUCUUGUCAGAGCCCAUUGACAUAGAGAGAAAAAUGGAUAUCUCUGGAGAAGAGAUGGAGCGGUUGGCAGAAUCAUUACCGAUUAUGCGGCUUCACAACAACAAUGAUAUCGAUGCCGGUCCUUGUCAGCCCAUGAGCCAGUCAUUUGAUCCAAGUUCCAAUACUUUGAAGCCGAGCUCGAGCGGUUUAGAUGCUGAGGGUAGCCCAAGCUUAAAGGCAUUCAAACAUGUUCUCACUAAUCCUGAUGUGGUCGAGCUCUCUCUCUGCAAGCAUUUAUUACGCGAAGGAAUGGGAGCAGAAGCGGCUUCUCAGGCCUUCAAUUCAGAAAAAUUAGAUAUGGAAAAAUUUGCUUCUUUGGGACCAUCAGUCUUGGAGAAUGAUAUGCUUAUAGUGAAGAUUGGUGGAUGCUAUUUUCCAUGGGAUGCAGCAGCUCCUAUUAUCUUAGGAGCGGUUUCAUUCGGGACUGCCCAAGUAUUUGAGCCAAAAGGCAUGAUAGCUGUUGACCGAAAUGAGAAACCUGAUGCUGUAUUAGCUCCGAGCGGUGGAAGCUGGAACCUUUGGCCUUUCUCUCAACGGCGAUCAAGGAAUGAUAGCUGCGAAGCUUCUGCUGAAUUUGAGGAGAAACAAGAGAAGUCGCCGCCAAGACCAGUGAAGAAGACAGUCAGGGCACUAACUCCAACUUCUGAGCAAUUGGCUUCGCUGAAUCUGAAAGAAGGAAUGAAUACAGUGACUUUCACGUUCUCCACCAAUAUUGUGGGUACACAACAGGUAGACGCGAGGAUCUACUUAUGGAAAUGGGAUGCUCGGAUAGUUGUUUCAGAUGUAGAUGGUACCAUCACAAGAUCGGAUGUCUUAGGCCAGUUCAUGCCUUUGGUUGGAAUAGAUUGGUCACAAACCGGUGUUACACAUUUAUUUUCGGCUGUUAAGGAAAACGGAUAUCAGCUGAUGUUUUUAAGUGCACGCGCGAUUUCUCAGGCCUCAGUCACAAGACAGUUUCUAGUUAAUCUCAAGCAGGACGGGAAAGCAUUGCCGGAUGGGCCUGUUGUUAUUUCUCCCGAUGGCCUCUUUCCUUCGCUGUUUCGGGAAGUUAUUAGAAGAGCACCUCAUGAAUUCAAGAUUUCUUGCUUGGAGGAAAUACGAGCUUUGUUUCCUCCCGAACACAACCCGUUCUAUGCUGGUUUUGGAAACAGAGACACGGAUGAGAUAAGCUACCUUAAAGUCGGGAUCCCCCGGGGAAAGAUCUUCACUAUUAACCCAAAGGGAGAAGUAGCUGUGAAUCGUAGGGUGGAUACAAGGUCAUACACAAAUCUUCAUGCUCUUGUCAAUGGAAUGUUCCCAGCUACAACAACCUCUUCUGAACCGGAGGACUUUAACACAUGGAAUUUCUGGAAACUGCCUCCUCCACCGUUUAUGUGAUUAUGAUGAUGAUAAUGAUGAUUUUGGUUUAAGAAAACGUAGAUUAGAGGAUAGAAUAACAAGGGGGUGGCCUCCAUCUUGUUUUUUUUUUCUUUUUUUAAAGGACAGUAGUAUUGGUUCUUUGUUUUUUUUUUUGUCACACUGGUUUCAAAUAUCACAGGUGUACGAUGUAUGCGCGGUUAUACAUGUAUAUAAAUAUAUUUAAGUAAAUCUUAAAAGACAAUCAAUAUCUUUGGGGUGA